AUGCAUGAUUUUGUCAUGAAGGAUGAUGUCGAAGGAGCCUGCUUGGCGAUGGAAAACACUCAAAUCAAAAAAUGCUCUCGGUCGCUUUCCGAGAUACCCGUGGAAAUAGUGGAAACUAUCCUAGCAUUCGUUCAAUCGCCAAAGGAUAUCUUAAACUUCGCUCUCGCUUCAAAGGCCUGUUAUUGUACAGCCCUGACGCUUUUGUACCGAAAUAUCGACUGGACUGUAGGGCAUACACACACCUUCGCGCGCUCUGCGGCCAUGUGUAGUGCAGAAUUUCUUCGAACACAUCCGGACCUCCUCUCUUCGACGCGUAUCUUGCGCGUUUCGGAGAGGAAGUUACCUCGGGGUCGUGACACGAAGCUCUAUUAUGAUUUCUCAUGCAACGAAUACCCCAUCCAGCCGGCCCGAAAGCCGAGGAGCUUACCAAACAUACCUAUUGAGCCUGGAGGCCGCAACUUUCCCGAUACAUUCCACGCAACGAAUCGCGUGCUUGACAUUCUUCCACGUUUCUCUGGCCUUACAGAACUGAUUCUACGGAGCAUAACCCUACCUCGCACGUUCUACCAGAGCGUCCAUGCUCUUUCGGGAUUGCAAUUGCGCCGCAUUACCAUCCGCUCCUGCCGAUUGACAACUCGAUAUCCAUCGGGCUAUGAUCCAACUCAGUUACAGCUAACAGAACUGUCCAUAUUCAAUGUGGUUGCGAGAUCACCAAAGCUCAAGGCGCUACUGAAGCUCGCACGCAGCCCGACACUCCGUGUGUUGCGUCUAGAUAGGAGCAUCGAACGUGCUCUCGGCUCUCUCGUUGCGCAUGGCUUACCAUCUUCUGUUCAUACUCUGGAACUUGACUGGCGUGGAAGUAUCCAUCCCGAUCGUCAAGGCUGCAAAAUGCUACUGUUCUUCCUCAACAGCUGUAGUCAUGUGCAGCAUCUCGAAUUAGUUGAUAUGGGCAAGCUGGACUCAUUCGAUCUUUACCCAGCGAAUAAGCGUCUGAAGGCCGAUGCUUUGCCGUCUCUCGCGAGCCUCGCCGUUCCUGCACCGUAUUUAGAAACUUUCCUCCCUGGUCGUGCCAUUGGCAGUGUGACGUUAACGGACACGACCCAACGCGAGAACAACACGGCGAGCACCACACGGAAAUUCCUCACCGUGACGGAGGUGGAGUCGGUACUAAAGAUUUUGCGAAAGUCCUCUGUUUCACUCCGGUCUUUGAAAUUCAACUUGCAGACGUGGGAUAAGGAGUUAUUUUACAUGCUAGCGAGGGAGCAGCGGAGACUAAAGGAGCUCCAUAUUGCCUACCAGUUUGGAAGAGUGGACGACAAUUUCUAUAUGAUCCUCGGUAACCUCAUUGAGUUUCCGCAUAUGGAGCGACUACACCUUUACAAGUUGGGCGAUAAUAUGGCGGGAACCGAGGAUGAUCGUUUCAUUGAUCAGAAGGAAUACAUGAUCAUCUGGCAAAUUCAUAUGCCGGACCUUUGCGAGGUCGCGUUGUCUCCGGAUAUUAUUUGGGCGCGAGCACCCGCGGUACCGAACUUACCAGGCGGCCGGAGGAUGAAACGGAUGUGGUUUCGAUGCGCUAUAGAACCUAUGGAUGGUGCUGAAUCCCUUGUCGCUGUGGCGUCUCCGAAAGAGACUUCGCAGUACGAUGCUUCUCGAGCGGAACGAGAACAACGCCGUAUUGCUUUUCGACACCAUGCUGCGUUCCAGAACUUUUUCCAGCAUACUCAGCACCACUCUUUGCUGCAAGGCAACGGAGGAGAAAUGAUCCCUGAAGAUAUAAUGAUGGAAGAAGAGCUUGACAUUGAAGUGGAGGAUUUUCACUAG